AUGUCCAGUCGCGAUGGAACGCCAACGCCAACAACCAUCCGCCAGGUUGUGCGUGCCCCCAUGGCUCCAGUCUGGGGCACCGAGGUGCUAGCCCUCAAGGCAAACAGGCACAGUUGCGAAUCCACUGAUGGCUCUUUUGUUGUGGGCACGGAGGACCUGUCCAGCUUUGAGGGUGAGGAGUCCGACGAGAAACUGCUGGCCUUGCUCGGUGACCUUGCCUUGGGUGCCGAGGAGGUCGAGGAGGACCCAGCUGCCCGUGUGCUUCUAGACGAGUGUGGCGCCUUGUGGGAGGAAGUGCAUAUGGAAGCCGAGGCCCAGCGCGAGAUGCAGUGCCGGCUUCGCCGGGAGCUGCAGCACCUGCAGGACAGGAGCCACUGGCAGCAUGCGGAGUCUGGAGCUUUUCUGCAGCGACUCUCGGUCGCCAGGGAGGCCUUGGCUGAUAAAAUCCGGGAGGCCACAGACGAGAAUGAGGCUUUGCGACAGAAGCUUCGGCGGCAUCAUACGGAGGAGGAACGACUGCGCUGUGGACUUGCCGAAGAUCUGCGUUGCUUGGAUGCCCGGGCCGCGGAGCUGCGGGCGGCGAUCUUCGAAACGGGGCAAAGUCAGGCGGAGCUUGUGGAACGCCUGCGAGCCGUCACCAAUACCCAGGCUCACUUGCAGGCAGAGCUGCAGCAGGAGCGGGUGAAAACCUGGCGCCAGGAAGCCUCGGCUGACGGCAGGGAGCUGGAGCGCGAGGAGGCUGAGAGGCUCCUCUUGGAGUCACAGCUCACAGAGGUGGCCUCGCGUGCAGCCGCCACUGGCAUCCCACGGCUAUGCGACGAGGAGCCCGAGGUGGCCGAGGCUGUCUUGGCAGCUGCUGACACCGUGCCCUUUGCAACGCUGCAGGGCCAGCUAGACAGCUUCGAGGAGUUGCGUGGUGCUUUGGAAGCUUUGGAGGGCAGCUGCGCUCUGUCCACGGCCCAACAGAAGGAGGAGGAGGAGAAGCUGGGUGCCGAGCAGCUCGAGCUUUCCCGGCUUGCCGCAGAGAUGGCGACCGCCGAGGCCGCAGCGCGAGGUCCAGAGCUGGAUCAGGCCUCGAGCCUUGUGUCAGUGCUCUGCGGCGAGCUGCAGAGUGAGCAGGCAGUGCUACGGCAAGAGCGGGAAGCGGCUGCGCGGCGCCGGGAGCUCUUUCGCUCCCAGGUUGAGCAGAAGCGCCGGGAACUCGCACGGUUGCAGGCACAGCUGUUAGAGAGGAGGGUGAAAUGCCAGAUGCAGAACGGCCCAGACGCCACCAAUGUCCCUGAGGACCUAAAUGACAAGCUUGUGGAGGACUUGAAUUCGAAAGGUGCACUCGGCACAGUUCCCUUGAAAGACUUCGCUUCACUUCAGACUGCUUCAGAAAAUCUGAGGCAUGGUGAGUCCCAGGUCGAUUGGCGCCUAGGUUUCGCGCUAUUGCUGGCCUACUUCUUCAUUACUGUGGGCUUCGCUGUGAACGUGGACGAGGAGCCCAGGCUUGCAAAAGGCCGCAGUGCUGCUUGGGUGUUGGUUUGCUGCCAAGUGCUGUUUCUCGGUUCCUGGCUCGCCUCUGGUGGGGAGGUCUUUGAGGCGGCGGGGUAUGCAGAGGCUGGGUCGCCUCCAGACACGAGCCAUGUGGUCUUCGGCGGGCAACUUUACUUCUCGUCUUCAGACUUGCAUGGCAGGCUCCUGAUGCAAAGCAAUGGAACCUCCGUGGCUCCUGUCCCUCCAGGCGUCCGUGAUGCCCAUGGUUUCCGCGAGCUGGACGGACGUCUCAUGUUCUUUGGCGUCCCUCAGAUGCACCUUGAUUCCGCAUUUUGCCGCAGGUGCGGCCCUCGGUCUUUCACUCCUUUCAAUUUGGGGAAUGACAAGCUCAUUCAGGUGAUGCUGAUGCAGAGCUGUUACGAGGGCCCUUCCAGGGCCCAGGACCUGGUCUUCAAGGCUGCGGGCACAUGUGGUCCAUUCCGCAAAGAGACGCUCUACUCCAACCUCAGCCUCGUGGGCCAGGACCUUCCGCCGGACUGCGAUGACCUCGCAGCAGGGCUGGAGCCCAGGCCCAGCACCUCACGGCUCCUGGGGGUGCUCUUCUUGGGAGUGCUUCCACAGACAGGCCUCGGUGCUUAUCUUCUGAUCCGGAAGCAGGUGCCUGGUGCAUUCGUGAGCGUCUUUGUGGGCGCCUAUGCUAUGGUGUUGCUGAUCCACCUGCUGAUGCAGGGUCACUUGGUCAACCUGUUGUUCUUCCUCCAGGCUUCGUCUUUGACCUACACGGCCAGCUCCUGCAUCGCUGUGGCCGCGAAUCAGGUGGCCUGGCAACGCGGCAGUGGCUUCGUAGUGGCACUGGGCGAUUGGGCGUCCGGCGCGUCGGCUUUGGGCCUGGCCAGCGCCCUGGCACUUGCACUUCCCGAGCUGCCUGCGGCUGCGGCUGCCUGUGUUUUUCUAGCAUGGGCCUGA